AUGAAUGUUAUUGCUAACAAUCUAUUUCCGUUAAAUCCUUUAGAAGUGGCUAAGAAGAGAGUGUCCGAAAUGAGAGCAAGUAUUCCUGGGUUUAAUGCCAACACGCCUAUAUUCCUUAAUAAUGACUUCCAGGAGUGGUCGCAAUCGCAUGGUAUGGGAUUGCCAUUUGAUGUGGAUGGAUAUGAAAAUGGAAUAAUGGAUCUUCUGAAGGUGGUUAAUACAACAAGUUACCCCAAAGAACUGACAAGGAAAGACUGUACAACCUGCGUUGUUGUUGGCAGUGCAGGAAUUCUUGCUGGUAGUAAGAAAGGACCAGAGAUCGACUCUCAUGACGUUGUUAUUAGAGUAAAUGGAGGACCAACUCGAUGCUUUGAGGGGGAUGUUGGUUCUAGAACAACAAUGAGGAUUUCAUACCCAGAGAGUGCUCCACAAAGUCCCGGGGAAUAUGACCCAGAAAGUUUAUUUGUGAUGCUUCCUUUCAAAGACAAGGAUCUGGAAUGGUUAGAUAGGGUGGCUACUCGUAAACCUGUGGUAAGCUAUAAUAAAUAUUACUAUAUGUGA